ACAACUAUAAACAAAACACACCAGUAGCUAACUGUUUUUAUAAACAUUGAUAAGUAAAGGUGGAUACGUAGUGCAUGUCGUUUCAGUUAACAGGUGAACCUUUGACUAACGCUUUGACAUUUUGCAACUCAGGUGGCGUGAGUGACGAAAUGGGGACGAAUAUCUAGCACAAUUUAGCUUACUUUGAACGUUAGCUUGUAAUUUGGGGAAAGUUGCCAGUGUUCGCUAGCUUCUCUUGUCUUCUACGCUGAGCACCAGGAAGGAAGACGAAUUACUGAGAACAACUUUAACUUCUCUUGUAGGUCUUCCCAAGCUGAUAUAGGAGUUAUUUUCCCCUCUGAAUGCUAAAACAUGUCAGUACCUUUCUCCAACACGCACCUGCGGGUCCCGCGAGGAUUCGGCACCAUCUUGGAGGGGCUGGCCAGAGAAGUCCUGCGAGAUCAGCCGGAAGACAUCCCUAAAUAUGCUGCACAGUACUUCGAUACUCUACUCACACAAAGAGAAGAUAGUGGCAUCGACCCAGCUGAGUGGGCUGCUAAACUGGAAGAUAGAUUCUACAACAACCAUGCAUUCAAGGCUACUGGGCCUAGUCCUGAAAAAGAGCCUUCAGCAAAGAUGACCAUUUCCAAAGAAAAAUCCUAUGAAUCCCAAACUGAAGAUGAAUCAAGCCAUACAGAAGAAGUCUCUAAUGUUUCCACAACACAUCCUACUGUCUCUGAAGAGGUUGAUUCAAGUGAAAGUACGGAAGAAUAUGAAGAAAAACUGGAUAUUACAGAGAAAAAUGUUAUUUCAAUGGCAGAAGGACUCUCAGAGGAGGAAUCAGUAAACAUGCUCCCAGCUACAGACCUACAGCCGGAUGAUCUGAGUGGGACAGAGGAGGAGAAAGACCAAACAAUAACUACAUUUGAUCAAGUUGGCAGGGCAGCUAAUGGAAAAGAUAGCAUCUCUGUUCCAGACCAAGAUAAUACUCAGUCUGAGUUAGAGCCCACCGACUUGUUAUCAUUGAAAGUCAUUUCAAAUGUGUGUUCCCAGGAGUUAGAACCGGAAAAAGAACGUGGAGAUAAUGAACAAAAUAAUUCAGUUGUAGAUAUGGAGAUUAUAGAUCCGGAAGGAGAUCUUAAUACUGACGCAGAAGAACCAGUGGAAGUAUUUUCAUAUUCUGGGCUAGCUGAUGUGGAUGUGUGUGCUACAGAGCUUGGAGGAACAGAGAGAACAAUGGAAGGAGCCACUGCUGAAAAUGAUGAGGAAAGCUCAAGACCCCAACCUGAGGAGAAUACUGUACAAUCAUUAUUGUCUCACUCUGAAACCCUAGAACACAAUCAGCAAGGAGGAGAGGACCAAGUAGAAAAAACAGAAGAGGUAGCUUCAUCAUCUGAGUCUUCGUCUGGCGUUAUACAUGAAAGUUUAACUCAUAUAGAGGGAGUUUCUGUCAGUAAGGCUAUAACAAAUGAGGAUUCUUUGGUUGAGGUUAACUUUGAAGAUGUUCCAGAGGGUCAGCAGAUUAAAGAGGUUGAGGAGAAACAGCCAGGAGACAGCUCAGUAGAUGUCUUACAGACUAAGUUUUUAGAAAUGCAACUGGAGGAAGAGUGCAAAGAGGUAACUGCAGUGGAAACAGAGCAAAAUAUAUCUCAAACACAAGACCACAAUGAACCUGCAAUGAUGGGAGUUGUAGAGGAAACAAAGUGUGAAGGGGAGGAAAUGGAAAGACAGCACAGGGAAUCUGAUAUAAUGAGCAAGAAGGUAGACACAAAUGAUUCUAAUUUAAAUAAUAGUGGUGUUGAUGGUAAGCACGAAGGUGUUAAAACUAUCAGCUCAUCACAUCAGCCCACCAUCGAUGAAGUGAACUCAGAGAAUGAAAUGGAUCAUGAAAAUGAAGAUAAUGAGAAAGCAGGAGAGAUAAGUGAAGGUGAAUUUCACCAGAAUGAGGGUUCUGAAAAAGAUGAAAAUUCAAACGACGCUGAGGACGAGACAACAGACACGGAUGGAGGCAAAAAAGAGGACGGACUUGCAGAAGGUUAUGGAGACGUGGAGAUUCAAGAAACAAAUGCUGGUGGAGCGGAAAAUCACUCAUCACAAGUUACACGGGAAAAUAUAUCAACUGCUGGAAUAGAGGCCGAGAGGGAAACUUUAGAGGCAAGUACACAUCUACCAGAGGAGAAGGAGGAGAGUCGGAGAACACCUGUAGACUCACAGCUACAGGAUACUGUGGGGGAAACAGAUCUCACAUCAACGGAGAAAGGUCCAGAUGUAAUGGGACUUUUAGAAGAAGAAGUUGAUUCUGAAAUACAAGGGAAGAGUGACACAUUGUGUGAAGAGGCCAGCAGCGGCCCCACUCCAAGUGCAGAUCUGCCAGCUGCAGAAGACGAAGUGCCACUUGCUUCUGAAAAGGACUCCACAGAGCCUGAAGGCAAGAGCAGUGAAAAGGAGGAUUGCAGCCGGCCCCAGGAGGAGGAGGACAUCAUGGACAUCCCCCUGGAUGACCCUGAGGCCAACAGGGCUGCUGCCAAGAUCCAGGCUGGCUUCCGUGGGCACAUGACCCGUAAGAAGAUGAAGCCGGAGGACAAAGCGGAAGGGGAGGAGAGACAGGAGGAUCGGGGGCAGUAAGAGACGACACAUCUGUGCCAGAGCAGUGACGCCCCUGUCCUGACCUGGAUGAAGAGGAAGAGAGGAAGAGAGAUGGCUGGCGUACGCUGGCUGGCACAUCUUUUUACCUCAGGAGUCAUUUUAUUUUUCAACACAAAUUAGCAGUAGAAAAUGAACCCGCAGUUUGUAGGGUGUGAUAUGUGAAUUUCGUGAACUUUAACACGCCUUCUCUGCUUCUUCAGCAGUAUCAUCAGUACGGAUGUCUUUGACCCAGAAUUUGCAACUCACUGCAUGUACUUGUGAAACUUCUGGUAGUGUGCUAGUUUUUAGAUUGAUGAUCUGUGAAUGUGAAAAUGAAUGUCCUCUAAAUGCUAAACACGGCUUAUAUCGGAUGGAUCAGUUCAUACCAUCUGUGUAAAGACUUUGUGUGCAUCAGCUUUAGACAUUGUAGUGGCUUAAAUUAUUUGCUCUUAUGCUUUGUUUAUGUUGUGCUUGUAUCUUGACUAUUAUUCACCUAUUUGACUUGCUUACAAAAAUGAUUAAAACAUCUAAAGAGAAGUAGCUAUGUAUGAUCUAUUUAUUUAAUGUCACUUUAUUCACAUUGCAUCUCAAUUAUUUUCUCUUUAUAUCACAUUAAAAUUGAUUUUCUUUUCACUUUUUAAAGCAUAUUCUAAGAAUCAGUACUUCCGGAACAUUAAGCAUGCAUUAAAACAAAACAAAAAUAUUCCCAGGUGUAUUUGGUACAGCUUUAAGUUAUCAGACAUUGCUUCAAUAUGCUCCAUUGUUGUGUGAGUAGAUUAGCUGUUUGACGUAUCAGGUGUGUGACAUUCACUAUCAAAGUUUUCCGCCAUGCUUUAAAACUAGUUAAAUAGUACCUUGAUGAAAUUGCUGUAGAGUCAUGUCAUUACACUAAUAAAUCGACCAUAAAUAUACAAUGAAA